AUGCAAUACGGACACAUCAGCCGCACAAAGAACCCAGAUCCCCUCUCCUUAAACCGCUGCGUUGGUAAGCUGGAUCCCGUGGAGGUCUUGGACAUACCGGCUGGGCUGGAUGAUGGAUAUGGUACCCUACGACAGCAUGCACAGCACCAACAUGCGUUGUGGAUGAGGUGUACCCAGUAUUAG